AAUAAAAUAAAAAUAAGAAGUUGAAAAGUAAAUAAAUAAGUGUCUGUUCAAUAAGAAGGAGAAACAAAAAUUUAAAAAUCUUUGUAUAUUGAAUACAAAAAAAAAUGUAAUAUUUAUGUGAAAUAAAAAUGUAAAAUAAUUUAUUUUCGGAAACUGGUGAAAAAACACAUUAAAAGGCUUUUCCGGUAUAUUUGACGACGCGCGUGUUCGAAAAAAGUGUGUGUUUGUAAUAAAAAUGUGGCUCCGUCCACCUGUGCGUAUGAGUAUUAUAUUUGUAAUCUCACGCUAAUGAGUAAAAUAUUAAUGAAUUAUUUCACUUAACGGCAAUCAGCACUUGGAAAGCGUUAAAUAAUGUAAUGUAUGUGUAUACAAUUAAUUACAUUUUAAUUUAACACAAAAAAAGCACUAAGAACAUACACAAAUACAAUAAAUAAAAAAAUAUAUGAUGAGAAUCCAUGCCCCCAGUCAGUGUCAAGGUUAGUUUGUUUUGGUUUGCUUGCGGGCCAUGCUGGACUUGAGGGCGGUGAGAGACAUACAUGAGCGUACGUACAUAGUUCAAAAGCAAAUUGUCGUCGCGCUUUCAAUUGCCGCUAAUUAAUCACAGCCGCUGAAUGGUUAGUGGCACAUAAAAUGAAUUAACACAUCAAUUAAAAUGCAUCACGACGCAAUACGCUUGUAAAGCAUAAAUCUUCAUCAAAAAUCUUCGCUUCAAUAUGGCUUCAAUGUACAAUAGCCAUCAACGAAUGUCAAUAACACUGGAAAAUAGCAAAAAGUACAAAUGUAUCAUACAGCAAGUUGUGUUCGCCCUGCGAAUGCUGAAAUGUGACCAAAUACAUUUGGAGAAACUGCAAAGCAGAAAAGUGAAAAACUCAUGUGAACGAAAUAAGCAGGAGCAACGCUUUAAUAUUUUAUUGCUGAAUAUAAAACCAGAAAUAAAAAAUUCUGCCAAAACAACAACCAACAAAACGAUUAAAACAACAACUGCGUUAAGACAUUACUUCGAGGUGUGAAAAAUAAUAGCAAAUAAUAAAAAAAACGUCAAGUGUUAAAGUGAGAGAAGAAAGCAAAAAAUAAAAGAAAUAAAAAAGUUGGAAAAGUGUUAAAAGCGAGCUAACUAACAGUGAAAGACUAGACAAGUGAGAAAGAGAAACAUUUAAUAUUUAAAAACACGUGUAUGUGUUUCUAAUCCCUGCUUCGUGGAAUAUCCUUACCGUUAACAUAACAAAUAAGUACUCAGUGGUGACCUGCGACAUGUGACCGGUGACCAUACCGCAGUAUAAAAAGUGCCAAGCAAAAUUCUUAUACAAAUUACAAAUUAUUCACAAACCCACGCGCUCCAGCACACUUCAGUGAAUCGUAUAAUUGCUUUUAAGUGAAAAAUUGGAACCAACAGGUAUCACGAGUUGGUGACAAACAAAAAAGCACAAAUUAAAAUUUCAGCUGAAAAGCGCAGAUUAACAGCAAACUAACGAGCUGAAUAAAAGCACAUUAAAGGUUGCCAUAGCAACAUAAAAAAGAAAGAAAAAUAACAAUAUAACCAAAGAAAAGAUAAAAAAAUAUAAUAAUAUAAAUUUUAGUUACCAAAAUAGUAUUCUCCGCAACAAACACAGCAUUCCACUACGCCACAUAAUCACCAACUGUACUCUGCAAUCAACUUCCGAAACAAUCUCCAUUGAAAUUUUCUCCGCAAACUCGAAACACCCAAAAUGUCCGAGUUCCGUUUCUUCUCAUUCACCGAUUUUCAAUAUCGUGCCAAUGACUCCACACUCUUCACCUUGCCCAUUACACUGUCGACGAAGAGCACACCGUCCGACAGCAAUGAGAUGUCCGAUGAUUUGAAUGUACCUUAUAUGGUUUUUGAGAUAUUAGUCGCCAUUUUUGCCGUUGUUGGUAAUCUAAUGGUAAUUGUUGUUUUUCAACGUGAACGUAAACUCCGAAGGCGUACCAAUUAUUACAUUGUCUCAUUGGCUAUAGCUGAUUUUUUGGUCGGUUCACUUGGUGUGCCAUUUGCUAUAUUGGCUUCAAUUGGUUUACCAAGAGAUCUAUACACCUGUCUCUUUACCGUUUCGCUGUUGGUGGUUUUAUGUACAAUUUCGAUAUUCUGCUUGGUUGCAGUAUCGGUGGAUCGUUAUUGGGCCAUACUCUAUCCGAUGGCGUAUUCGAGAAAUGUGCGAACGCGUACAGCUAUUGUCAUCAUCUCAAUGUGUUGGGUCGCUGGCACAAUUGUGGGCUUCCUGCCGCUAUUCGGUUGGCACGUAAAGCCCGAAAAUGAAGCGGAGAUGAGCUGUCAUUUUGUUAAAGUAAUGGACUACAAUUAUUUGGUGUUCCUGUACUUUGCGACCAUAAUUACGCCGGCAUUACUAAUGCUAGCCUUCUACACGCACAUAUACCGCGUGAUUGUGAAGCAGGUACGCCAAAUAGUCACUAUGAAUCCGAUGAGCGACAGCAGUCGGCGCAACUCGAAUACGCAAAUUCAUAUGACCCCCGGUCGUCAAUCACAUGGCGGCACAAUGCUGCGUGUUUUAGGCGCAUCACGUAAACGUGAUGUUAAGGCCACUCAAAAUCUCUCCAUAAUCGUUUUAUUCUUCAUGAUCUGCUGGUUUCCAUUGUACACCAUUAACUGCAUCAAAGCGUUCUGCCCGGACUGUCAGGUUUCCGGGAAAUUGACGCUAUUCAGCAUUAUACUCUCUCACCUUAACUCGGCAGGCAAUCCCGUAUUGUAUGCUUACCAUUUGAAGGAUUUCCGAUUGGCUUUGAAGAAUUUAUUGCUGAAAAUAAUGGGUAUUGAAGUGGAACAACCAGUGGAUCCUAUGCAUCGGUUUUCGCUCGCCAGCCAGCAUCGACUGCAAUCUAUAGAUGCCAGCAUGCGACACUCGCUACAACCGCGUAUUUAUAUAGAUUCACCCAUUUGGCUACGACAGCAGCAACAAUCCCUGAAAAGCUCGCAGUUGGCACCCAAAUGCGGUGUUAUUACACCUUGCCUGAACAACAUACACCACACAGUGGCUGCCGUGGCUUCAGUGCCCACCGAUAUUGGACGCAACAUGUGGAAUAUAAUGGAAGCGUCGAGCGGCGCUGAACUUGAGGAUGUCAAUUAUGAAUUCCCCAUAGAAAGAAGCUCGAAUACACCACCCACUCCUGUAUCACACACACUACGGCGUGCUUCUUCCCUCGACCAUUGCGACAGUACGGCCUACUCUUAUAACAAUUGCAAUUAUAAUGUUAGCCCGGACGAAUCUGAGCUGGACGAAGUCUUCCUACCAAACAUGCAAAACAACAGUGGCACAAAUAGUGUCGAAAGUGUCAGACCAAAUGGACAGCUGAAGCAUACACAGAGGAAUGAAAAAAUCGCUGGCGAAAUGCGCGAGAAAUUGCGCUCGGACGACAUGGACUACCAGAGUCAGGUGAUGAGCAACCAACGCGUGCUCACCGACUCCUCGUACAGCGAUUAUGAUAUUCAAAAACAAAGCGCAGGUCAUACGCCACCCGCACGCACCAGACUGCUGACCACAGUGCAGCAGCGACGUUUGCCACACAGUGAAGCGGUUAACAUUAGUAAGACGACGACAGCUGCCACCUCUGGGGCUGCCGAUGAUAAUGACAGUGCUGAUGUUAUUGGCGUUAGCAUUGUUGGUUCACUUUCGCGCUCCACCUCCAGUCUAUCGGGCCUCAGUAACACCGGUGUUUAUGUCGUUGAAAAUGACACAAAUCCAUUGUCUCCACGUCGCAAGCGUAAAUUCAGAAAAGCACAACGUCUGCCCAUGAACUUCAACAAGUCAUCGGUGGCGGCGAAGAACACAAGUAGUAGACGGUCAUUUUCCGACUAUGGCGAGACAUCAGCUACAACGCCUAACACCAAAGAGCUCGCGAAUAGCGUAAAAGCCCCAGACACGCCGGCAAACAUACAUUCCAAUACCGUCAAUAAUGGCAAUAUCGCCCAGCACCAGCACCAACAACAAUCAGCUCUGAAUGGUUGUAAUAUUAGGCCACCGAUAAAUAACAAUAGCAGCAAUAACAAUAAGAAUAAUAACAGUAAUCACAAAUUGAACUGCAAUGCUACGGAACGACUGCAACAGCCACACACGAUACAUGGUCAUCAGCACGACAUGUUCAGUCCGUUGCGUGCUGUCAGUCAUCUAAUUUUCCCGCCCAUUGUGAAACAUUCCAGCCUCUUUCAGUUAUUCCAACCGAGCGUGUCCAGUGGGCAUGCGUCAACGGCGCACGUUGCGAGUGCAACAGAAGUUCCGUCGCAGGCGACCGCAACUAGCGCAGUAACAGGUGCGACAACGACAACGCCAACAACAACAAAUGCAAUAACCAGCUCGUCCAGCAUGAGCACGACUACUGCAUCUACAACAACCACUACGCCCAGCGACCUGGAAACUCAGUACUCGCCGCACUCGACGGCUGCUUCCCGCAUCGCCUCUCUUGACGAAUCAAUUUUGACAACAGUUACCGAUCUAACGGAACCCACGCCAACGCCACAGUCGAAAGCACAGCCACCACCUUCCGCAAUUGACACGAGACUAGGUUAGGCUUAGAGAGGAGGAGGACUGAAUGGGGCCACUACUGCCUAGCUACACAGCAACUGUGCUAAGCUGGCAUAUGUUUUCCAUAUUUUUAUAUUUUAUUUUUAUGAAUAUUCAUUCUCUAUACGUAAGUGUGUGUACAUACAUAUACACAUAUGUAAUUAAUUUAUAAUUAUUAACGAAUACUCAUUCUAAGUGUACCAGCAUUUUAUUAGUAUUUAACUGUUUUUUUCAUUUAACUUUAAAUUUCGUGUAUAUUACAUACAUAUAUAUAUGUAUAUAUAUAUAUAAAAUUGCAUUCGUAGAAAGGUAAAUGCUGUUAUUUGUGUGCAUAUUUCAGUUCGAGUUAAGAAUUAGGGUGUAUCAAUCUAUUAAUAAGGAAAAGCAAAAACAAAAACAAAAACAAAAACAAAGAAGCUUUUAAAUGGUUUACAAAUUCAAAAGAUGCAUGUAUACGUUGUA